UGCGUGCAAAGAAACCAAAGAACUCGGCGCUCUUGACUGGUGUAAGUUCUCACACCGGAGUAGCAAAUAACAGUCUAACUGCACUAACUAAUAUAUUUAGGAAAACAACACUAAUCAAAAAGAUGGUUAAAUUGUUGCUUGUCACAGCUUCCCUUUGGCUAGUACUGGCCAUCAGCCAAUACAAUUGCGACUCUUCCGUUGCUCUAGGCAAUAUUCGGAAUGAAGAAAGAAACCGUUUAAAUCCUAGCGACUUAAAAGAGGAAAUUAGAAGAGUUGUGAACGAUGAACGCCGCAUGGAACACGAUCGUCGCCGUACAUCAGAAACUCACCGUCGAGAGGUCGAUGAGCGAUCAACACCUGACGAUCGUCGCAUCGAGAGAAGUAGAACGGAAGAUAGACGCCAAUCAGUGGACGGGACACGCUCAGCUGUCCGAAGCCAAAUGGAGCGCCGUGUCGACCAACAUCGUGAAGAAGAGCGUAGAGUGGCCGACCGCCGAGGAGAUCAGCUCCGUGAAAACGAAGACAGGCGAUCCAGCGAAAGGAGAAUGGACGAACGUCGAGGUGCCGUCGAAAAUCGACGAGAUGAAAACAGAAAUGAAGAGCGCCGAAGCGAUGAACGCCGGAAUGAAGCGGAAAGAUCCGUCGUACGUCAGCGGGACGAACGCCAAGAAGAAAGACGUGAAACGCAGCGUCAGUCUGACCGACGCCAAGAUGAACGCGUUCAACAACGCCGAACAGGUGAAGAACGCGAGCGUCGAUCGGUUCAGAAAAGAAGAGAAGAAAAUCGCCAAGAAAACGGACAGAUUCGAGUUGACGAACGCAGGAACGAAGUAGAAAGAACAACCGAACGUCGCCAGCACAGAUCGAGCGAGAAUCGACGAGAAGAAAGACGUCAAAAUGAGAACGACGAUGAACGAGUCGAGCAACGUCGAAGCGAAGAGCGCAGGACAAUAAAUCUUGAUGCCCGUAGUGAACGUCGAGCUAUCCAGGAUGGUGCCCAGGAAAGCAAUGAACGCCGUGUUGUUGUCGAGCGUAAGGACCAACAGCGACAAUCUCUCGAACGGGAAGAUGAAGGACGCCGCAACGAUGAACGCCGAAAUGGAGAUGAACGAUCUCGUGAAGAUGUUGAACGUCGUGUUGAUCAACGUCGCGAUGAUCGUCUUGCCACUGUGUCGGAAACAAGUCGUCUCGGGGUCAGAGAUCUUUCUGAGAAGAGAAUGACUCGUCGCGAUAUUCGUAUAAUUAACAAGGAAGAUGACUCACUGAUUCUGAAGCCGACAUUUACCAAGGUCUUCGACUUGGUAAAAGAUAAGGUAUCCAACAGUGAUUGGGUAUCUUCCGUCUCCCUCGGCCUUGUCACCGUCGCCGCUUUGGCCAUUCAGCAACAACGCACAGUUAAAAUCGCUUGAAAAUUUCCUCUAUGUAUGUUUACACUACACGCAGAUCUCUAAUUCCUUUUAACCAGUGGUUCGUUACAUAACUUCUUUAACUCCCCUCUUGCUUUAAAUGUAAAAUAUACUCAUUACAAGCA